GAGUGAUGAUGAAAGAACAACUGAAAAGAAACCAGAAGAGAGAAAGAAACAAGAGGUUGAAGAAAACCUAAGCAAAGUAAGAAGAAGAUUUCGUAACAGUAACGCCCCAUUAUUAAAACAUCAUUAAUUAACAUUAUUUCUAUCAGAACAAACCAUUAUUAAGGUUUUUACAAUCUCAAAGAUCUUCUUUUUAUUUAUUUAUUUUUGGAGAUUGGGGAUUUUUGUGAGGAAGAAGAGAAUGAAGAUCUGAAAGAGAAAUACACAGAUCUCUGAAUUUUCAUUCUUGUGAUGGGGUGGAAAUAUAGAGCAGGAUUGAGUUUGAUUGUAACUGUUGUUAUUAUAUGGGUUUUGUCUGCUGAAGUUACUCAGGGUAUCUAUGAAGACUAUAAACAACCAUUUGCUGUGACAUAUCUAGGAGCCUCUCUUAUGGUGGUUUACCUCCCUAUAUCAUUUAUUAAGGAUUGGAUAUAUCACUUAUUGAGAAAGCGCUCCUCUAAAAAUGGUAGUGAGGCAGAAAUUUUUGCGAAGAUCUCUGCUGGUCUCAAUGGGACACAGAAAUCCUUCGAAAUAGAACUUCAGAGUUCUUUAUCUAGAAAGGAUAGUGACAUAAACCUUUCUAUCCAGGAAGAGGAACGUCCAUUAGUUUCUUCACAAAAAGAGGAUCCAAGUAUUCUGAAGAAAGACAAAGAGCUUACUCCAACAGAAAUUGCAAAAUAUGGCUUUUUCAUUGCACCUAUCUGGUUCGUAACAGAGUAUUUAUCUAAUGCUGCACUUGCACGUACAAGUGUUGCAAGCACAACGGUGUUGUCAUCGACUUCAGGACUGUUUACGCUGUUUAUUGGUGCCUUUAUGGGACAAGACUCACUAAAUAUGGCGAAAGUAGUUGCUGUAUUUGUCAGUAUGGCUGGUGUGGCAAUGACAACUUUGGGAAAGACCUGGGCAACAGAUGAAACAGAGAUAAGCUCUUCCACUGGGAAACGUUCGCUCAUGGGAGAUCUUUUUGGUUUGCUUUCUGCUGUGUCCUAUGGACUAUUCACCGUCCUUCUGAAAAAGUUUUGCGGAGAAGAAGGAGAAAGGGUUGAUGUGCAGAAACUAUUUGGGUAUGUUGGGCUCUUCACGCUUGUUGCCCUUUGGUGGCUCGUAUGGCCUUUGACUGCAUUGGGGAUUGAACCGAAGUUCACCGUCCCUCAUUCCCUUAAAAUGGACGAGGUUGUUCUUGCUAAUGGCUUUAUUGGCAGUGUCCUCUCAGAUUACUUCUGGGCUCUCUGUGUUGUUUGGACGACGCCAUUGGUUGCCACCUUAGGCAUGUCGCUAACGAUACCUCUUGCAAUGGUGGCUGAUAUGGUAAUUCACGGCAGACACUAUUCAGCAAUCUAUAUACUUGGCUCACUUCAGGUUUUUGCUGGAUUUGUUAUAGCCAAUCUUUCUGAUUGGUUUUCAAAAAAAUUGGGGUUGUAACAUUAGUCGAAACCCUUCACAAAUAUUUUUUUUUUCUUUCUUUUGCAUAUUGUUUCUAGAUUACCAUCGGUUUUCUUGUUUGAUGAUAAUGUUGAAUAUAGAUUACCAUUCUUUUAUUUGCUUUGACGUGUCCAUCAAUUUAGUUUUAGUGAUUUCCAAUGAGUCAAUACUUUAUAUAGAAAGAAAAAGCAAACAAGAAAGAGAAGUAUAUGAAUGUGCAAAGGAGAGUAUGAAGAUUGAAGUCUUUUUUCUUCUCCCCCUUGGAAAAUUCCUCGCAGAGCACGCUGAGUUGAACAGAUAAUGGGAAUCAUGGGGCUGUCAUUUUUUAUUGUAAUGGCAGAUUUAAUUUUUGUACCAGUAAUGUUGUUUCCACUUUUUUGGCUAAUCAACACUGUACAAACUAUGGUUAUUAAUGGAGUUCAGUUCAUUUCUUUC